AUGUCGCCGCCGCGGGCGCUGCUUGCGGCUCUGCUGGUAUGUCAACUGCUGUCGUACGGUGGCCACCAAGGACUCACCAAGAUAUUUUACAUGUUACCUGAUACGGGACAGCCUCCAAUACUUAUCUCUCUAGUAGAAAACGUUAAAUUGGAUUUAAAAGCCGCCGACGAACUGUUGUUCGUCAAUGAUUCUGAAGAACAUAAUGAUACAAAAAGGUUCACCAUUGGAGAGACUGAUGCUACAGAUGCUGAAAAUAAAAAACUCGGCGAAAUCAGUACUGAAAAAGAAUCUACAGAGCCUUUGCUUAUUGUUAAAGCGAAACCAAUGCAUGAAUCGAGACAAACAGAAGAUGCAUUUAGAAGCACCACACCUAUGCCUGAAGCAGAAAAAGAAUCUCAAUCUGAAGAAAGAAGAGAAGAAAACAUUCCAGUUAAGCCAGAGACAUCACAAGAAGAUAUUCCUUCAUUCUCAGAGUGGGCCCAAAAACAAUUGGCUGAAGCCGAGAAAAAAGACACCGUACUGAACCACUCGAGUCAACCUAGUCAUAGUAAUACAAAUUUUAGUAAUAAAAGCACAAAGCUACGCUCAAAAAACUACGCUUCGUUAGCUUGCGGAGCUAAAGUCGUAGCUGUUAAUCCGGAAGCGGGCUCGCCAAGCUCCAUUUUAUCCCCAAACAGGGAUGAAUAUAUGCUCAAUACAUGCAACAGUCGCAUUUGGUUUGUAGUAGAGUUGUGUGAAGCAGUUCAGGCACAGAAAAUAGAAAUAGCUAACUUCGAGUUAUUUUCCUCCACCCCAAAAGACAUCGCUGUGUAUUUCAGCGACCGUUUCCCAACAAGGGAUUGGGCCAGCGUCGGUCAGUUCACUGCUCAAGAUAUAAGAGACAUACAGAGUUUCGAUCUGUAUCCACAUUUAUUUGGUAAAUUUAUCAAAGUUGAAAUGUUAUCUCAUCAUGGCUCCGAACAUUAUUGCCCUAUAUCGCUAUUCAAGGUGUAUGGAACGUCAGAGUUUGAGGUGCUAGAGAAGGAAAGCUCCCAGCACCCGGCUCAUAUAGAUGAAGACGAAGACGACGAGAUAAUUGACGUUCCUGAUAUACCAGCAGUAGAAAAAGAACCUUCCAAGAACCUUUUUGGUUCGGCGAGGGAUGCAGUCAUGUCUAUUAUGAAGAAAGCCGCUCAAGCUUUGGUAAAGACAGAAGUUCCUAAAAAUAUAUCUAAUGAACGUAACGAUACUUCAGUAGACGAAAUGUACAAAAAGUGUUGUUCUCCAAGCCAUAUUAUUGUAUGUGAUAAUUGUAGUGAAACACUUUAUAACGAAGUGUAUGAGUUACUCAGUUGUAGCUCGGACAGAUUAACUAAUUUAGUGCGUCAAGUGUUCUUACGGGAGACUUUAAAGUGUACAGGAAUUUGUCAGCCAUUUGGUUUAGAUUUUAAAAGUACAAAAACAGUUGAAUUUAAUGAUGAACGUGUCGCGUAUGUGAACGCUCUGUUUCCACCGAAAUAUUUAGCCGCGUUGUGUAACAUUCUCGCAAUCGAAGAAAAGAAGGUUGUGUUAAAUACAAGUUUUGAGACUGAACAAAAUGUCACUUCAAAUAUAACUUUAGAUGAGUCGCCGCAGAAAAUCAAUAGCGAAAUAAGUUUGGAAUUGGAUAUUAAUGUAGUUCCGAUAAAAGAUGGCGAUACUGUAGAUGAUAAAAUUAACGAAACACAAUUGAAAGAAAUACCAGUUCCUUUAGAACAAACAAAAGAAAACAGUGUGCCCUUAGAAUUAUUGAAGGAAGAAAAAGAGGAAACAGAUCAAAAACAAGACGAGCAGCUGUUAGUCCUAGAAGAAAUUCCAGUUCCAGAGCCUCAAGAGGAUUCCACAUCCGACAUUGAUAAAGCCUUAGAAUCAGUCGUUGAAGCUGAGGAUAAAAAAGGAUCUGCAGAGACUGAGAUGAAUAAUGGUAAAUCGGAAUUAGUAAUAGAUAAACCAAAGGAAACUACCGCAGUUGAUGAUAUGAAUGAUCAAAUGAUCAUGAUUGAAAGCGAUAAUUUUAUAUCGGACAUUGACCAGAUGGCUAUUGAUCCCCCGCCUAUGGGAACACAAUCUACUCUCAACCAGAACCAAGCUCAGCCAUCCUUCCAGAAGGAGUCAGUCUUUCUGAGACUGUCUAACAGGGUAAAGACCUUAGAAAGAAAUAUGUCGCUGUCUGGUCAGUAUCUAGAAGAGCUGAGUAGGCGAUAUAAGAAACAAGUUGAGGAAAUGCAGAAGUCAUUCGAAAAAACUAUGGUACAAAUGUCCGAAGAGCGACGAAGGAGCAGCGAGAGGGAGCAGAAGUACUUAGAUCAAUUAACGAACUUGCAGGAACAGAUAACUCAAAUGGCAGCCGCUUUGAACUUGUUGACGGAGGAGAGAAACAGCUGGUUUGGAAACAUGACAGUGUUAAAAUUUAUACUCUAUCAAGCCAUAAUACUUACUAUAGCUUUCUAUUAUAUAUCUAAGAGAAGAAAGAGCGAACAUAUAGUGAUGGUUCCUAUUACAAAAAAGAUUAAGAAAAAACAGGACAAAUUCAGAAGAAAAUCAGUGGAAGGUGUUAGUGGUCACGCAACUCCGUCUACUAAAAAACGGAGACCCAGCGAGGAAGCAUUCCAAAUCGCAAGGCAAUCAACGGAAGAAAUGGAAAAAGAAAUAAACGAGGGAGAAUGGCAGGUCGCCCGGAAGAACAGAAGAAGGAAAGCUUCUGUGAUACACAGAAAUCUAGAAUACGAUGCAAAUGUGAACUGCGUCCGACAAGACAGCAUGAGGAUACAAGAAAAUCCUAUACCAUUAGACGAAGGCGAAUAUUUUGCACCGGUAUCCGAACCCACAGAGUUCACAGAUGUUCCAGCUAAGAAGGAGUCGCCAAAGACAAACGGAUCAUUCUUUAACAAUCUUAAAUCAAAGACUAUGAAGACGCGGCGUCUAUCGUCACCUGCGUUUUUAAGGACCUUCAGUAGACAGAGUGCUAGAAGUACGCCUAGUCCCGUAAUGAGAACUUCAGAGCCCAUGUUUAAUGGGAAAAUAAACAAAAAAGCUGCCUCCGAGUCUCCAACCGGCAGCCUCUGGUCUGAAUCGACAGAACUAUCUCAAAACGGACAGCAAGACAGCGAAAACAGCAGCAAGAAAAGAAAAAGCCUGAAGAACAUAUUGAAAAAAGUGUUUUAA